UCGCUCAUCUAGCAUCACAAUCGCGUGCGGCUAUUUACAGCCUUAUAGCACCACGCUGCGCAACCUAAAGUUCCCUUCGAAAGAGAAAAAAACGCGAAAGGUCUAACAUGGCACCAAAGGCAGCUAGCGGUAAUCGAAGUGGCUCCGAAGCGCCGCUCGCAGCAUCUGUUGGCCUGGGUUCAAGCAGCACAGUAGCAGCUGGGGGUGCAAUGUCAGCAUCGGGCCUUGGAACAGGGGCUUUUGCAAUUGGGGGAACAAGCAGCGGCCUUAUAAGCAUCCCGCCCAGUAUCUAUCCGAAGGACAGCAUCAAGGACGUCGCGGAGCAACUCGGCCUGACUAGUCUCCGAGACAACGUUGCGGCAGCGCUAGCCAGCGAUGUAGAGUACCGGAUACGAGAAGUGCUUCAAGAUGCAAGCAAGUACAUGCGACACGCGAAAAGAUCGCAGUUAAGGACAAGUGAUAUUGAUGCUGCGUUACGAGCAAAGAAUAUAGAGCCUCUGUAUGGCUACUUCCCUUCGUCCAGUGGGCGUUCAUCUCACCCAUCUACAGCCGCUUCGCUCGCUGGUCCAUCCUUCAGAAAAGUGCAGACGCCAAGCGGGCCGAUCUACUACAUCGAGGACGAAGAAAUCGAUUUUGAAAAGGUCCUCUCCACAGGACCAACGCUGACAUUGGGCAAGGGGGUAGGGUGGUCGGCGCAUUGGCUGGCGGUUGAAGGCAUUCAACCAGCUGUCCCACAAAAUCCGAGCCCGGUCGAACUUGGGCAGGCCAGCGACCCGCCUUCCGCUGCAGCGGCAACGGCUGCUUUGAACGGUGACUCUGCGUCUCUUGUCGUUCCGCUGGCUGCAAAAGCCAAUUCUGCUAGGGUGGUACCCAUGACUCCAAUAACACCAGGUGCAGGAGCCUCAACAGCAGGACAGAAUGUGAUAGUCAAACCUCUGAUCAAGCAUGUCCUUUCGCGCGAGCUUCAGCUCUAUUACGAGCGUCUUACGACUGCAAUACUUACUCCACCAUCUUCCGCAGACACUGAAAGCGGAGAUACAGAUGCGGAUGAUGAAGCAGACGCGGAUGCGGAUGCCUAUGGAGAGGCCGAACCUUCAGCAAUCGACAACGAUCGGGACACGUCGAUGGCAUCGGCCGCCAAUCAACAAGAAAUGCGACCUUCCAGGACCCGCAAGGCGUCCGCCAAUGGAAUUACAGUGCCUUCCAAGACAUUGGCUGCAUUCACAGCCAAAAGUACCGGUAACACGGUUCGCGACGCUGCACUCGCCAGCUUACGAGGCGACCCGGGUCUACAUCAAAUUGUCCCAUACCUAGUUCAAUGGGUGGGAGAGAGGAUCAGCUUUGGACUUCUCGACGAAAACCUGCUUGGACAAAUGAUGAUGGUCGUUCAUGCUCUGCUGGUCAAUUCUCACAUUCACAUUGAGCCAUAUCUCCACCAAGUCAUGCCAAGCAUCCUCAGUGUUCUUUUGACGGCGUCGUUGGGGCCCAUGCUGAGUGUGCAAGAUCCAUUUCUGGAAACAUGUACCAAAGCCUCAACGCCAGCAAAGCGCUCAGGUUCAAACAGCUACCAGCUACGCGCUCAUGCUGGCGCACUGCUGGCUUUCAUAGUUUCUCAACACUCGGCAAGCUACCCGUCCCUCCGGACUCGCAUCGUCUCCACACUUAUCAAAGCCUUGCUGGCAGGAACAAAGAGGUACAUCGAUCCAGAUAGCGAGGACCAGCCGCCCAGGACAGGCGCAGAAGCUCUGGCGCAAGCCGAAGCGAAGAAGCGCGCGCCAGCAGAAUCAGCAGGGACGAAACUGGGCGCUGUCAUUGGUUUGCGACGGCUAGGCAGCGGCGUUGUUCGCGCCUUUCUUUUGGGCCCGAAAGGUGUGCAGGAACCGGAAAAGGCAAAGAACGCAUUGCGCCUGCUUGGACUGUGGCUGAAUGACCAAGGACACGUUGCGGAACAAUCAGCCGCUUGGAUCCUCAAGGAAAUUCGUGCAGCAGCUCACGGCCUCACAGCGCCACUGCUUCCAGCGGUCGAAUCGAUUGAAGACGAGAAGAGGGACUUCGAGGAAGUGUUUGGAGUCUAUUGGGCUGAGCGGCUAGGAGGAGAUGUCAGAGCGAGGAAAGGACUCUUACUUGCCUUGCACGAUGAGCGUGUUGCGUCCACUGCUGCCCAUGCACAAUAAGUAAUCCACACUGUUGACGAAUGCACCACAAACUCGGCAAUACCUUUUAGUGGCUUGUAGCGAUCUGGUACGUGCAAUUUCCAGAGCAGCCAUAAAUAGCAUAUGGCUCGAUAUGUCUGGCCUUCGUGAAUAUCAUGCUUAUAUUCCGUAUUCGAAG